AUGUCAACAUCAGAGAACACAACAACUGCUAUCGUUCAUGAAGCCAUAAAUGAAGAAUACGAGUACAUACAGUAUAACAAACAGUUACGUCUCAUUCGUUCAGUCAAAGACGAUAUGUACCAAAUGCAAAGUAUAAUGAAUGCUCUUCGUUCUACAAAGCAAGCAUAUCAUUGGUUUGAAAACCAACAGACAAAAGAACUUUUAGAAGAAUUUCCUCAUAUAAUUGCUUUGCAGAAUGAAGAGAUUCCGUAUGAAAAUCGCAAGAAUUUGGCUCCUUGUUUGAAAGGUUAUUAUGUUCAUAGACUUUUAGUAAACGCUGUAGCAAUGUGGGCUUCACCUCGUUAUGCUUGUUAUAUUUUCAUGAUGUUAGAUGAACUAUAUAAAGCAAAAGAUGAAGUCAUUGAAGCAAAAGACAAAAGCAUACAGAAAAGAAUACCGCGUUCAGUACCAAAAGGAAAGGAAAAGAGUUAUAGGUAUAUGAUUUAUACUGAAGAGUUGGAGAAAGAAGAAGAUAA